AUCAUUUUUAAUAAUCGAGUUCUGGUUUGGGAAGUUGAGCUUAUGGAUUGUAAGCUCAAGCCCUGAUGUUCACGAAAACAAUUUUUGUUAAAAAUAUUGUGUGAGGAUUAUUAUUUUUGAAGUUUUCUUGUGAUUACAAGUCUUUCCUCCAAUGUAAAUCUUUCAAACAAUUUUCAUACAGCGUAACCGCCAGGGUUGGAAUUCCAAAUUCAACAUCCAUGUCAAAGAAAUUUACCAGGAAGAGAGAGAGAGAGAGAGAGAGAGAGAGAGAGAGAGAGAGAGGGAAGAAAAUCAAAAAACAGGGCGCCGUCUCGAUCUUGACAAAUGACUUAAAUUUUAUUAAAUGCUUAUUCUUAUAUAAAUUAAUGAAAUGGAAGAGAGGAUGGACUUUGCAGGCAACGGAUAGAUUAUUUUAUCUGCUUAGAAUAGCCAGAAAUAUAUGGCGGACAAUUGUGAGAUCAAGAAAGAUGUUACUGAAUUAAUAGGUAAUACCCCCAUGGUGUAUCUCAAAAAUAUUGUGGGUGGUUGCUUAGCUCGCAUUGCUGCCAAGCUUGAAAUGAUGGAACCUACCUCUAGUGUUAAAGACAGAAUUGCAUACAGCAUGAUCAAAGAUGCAGAAGAUAAGGGCUUGAUUACUCCAGGGAAGACCAUCCUCAUUGAACCUACCAGUGGUAACACGGGCAUUGGAUUGGCUUCAAUUGCUGCAGUGAAGGGCUACAAGCUUAUACUCACAAUGCCUGCUUCAAUGAGUCUUGAGAGAAGAAUUGUGCUGCGGGCUCUCGGAGCGGAGGUUCACCUUACUGAUCCAGCCAUGGGCUUUAAUGGGGUACUUCAAAAGACUGACGAGUUACUAAGUAAAACACCUAAUGGGCAUAUGCUUCGGCAAUUUGACAAUCCAGCCAAUCCAAAGAUUCAUUAUGAAACCACUGGCCCGGAAAUAUGGAGAGACUCAGGGGGAAAAGUUGAUGCUCUGGUUGCAGGGAUUGGAACUGGUGGAACUGUGACUGGAGCUGGGAAAUUCCUCAAGGAGAAAAACUCAGAGAUUAAGGUUUAUGGCGUAGAACCAGUUGAAAGUGCAGUAUUGAAUGGAAGAAAUCCUGGUCCGCAUCUGAUCCAAGGAAUUGGUGCUGGUGUAAUCCCUAGUGUUUUGGAUAUUGACUUGCUGGAUGAAGUUCUUCAAGUAUCAAGUGAGGAAGCUAUUGAAACUGCCCAGCUGCUUGCCCUCAAAGAAGGUUUAUUGGUUGGUAUAUCUUCUGGUGCUGCAGUAGCAGCUGCAAUUAAGCUGGCAAACAGGCCUGAAAAUGCUGGGAAACUCAUUGCUGUGAUAUUGCCAAGUUUUGGAGAGCGUUACCUAUCUACAAAGCUUUUUGAUUCGGUGAGGCAUGAGGUGGAAAACAUGACUAUUGAUUGAGGUAUUAGUCGUUUGUUUUAAUUGAGAACUAAUUACACGUGAAGUUUCAAUUUAUUGUUUGUGAUAUCCUCCUAGUUGAUGAUGAUGUACUGUGUUCUCAUAUGGAUUGGAACUCCUGUAAAAAUCCCACGUACUUCAGGACUGUUCAUGUUGGCUUCACUGGACUGUUGGAACUUUGAGAGUGAGCCUUAGUGCAACAAUAAAAUUAUUCUUUUUUUAUACAAA